AUGUUAGCGGUUUUAAGGGUUAGGCAAUUCACUCCGUUUCAGAAACUCAACUUCACGGUUGAACAUGUACUCAAGUGUUUGGUAGAAAGUAAUGUUAUAGGUAAAGGUUGCUCUCGAGUAGUGUACAGAGCAGAAAUGCCUAACCAAGAAGUCAUCGCAGUGAAAAAGCUCUGGCCAGUGACAUCAACAGUUACUAAGACAUCAGGAGUUCCAGACUCAUUCUCAGCUGAAUUCAAGACACUUGGUUCUAUCAGACACAAGAACAUAGUCAGGUUCUUGGGAUGUUGUUGGAACAAGAACACGAGACUUCUUAUGUAUGAUUAUAUGUCGAAUGGGAAUUUGGAAAGUUUGCUGCACGAGAGGAGUGGUGAAUGUAGCUUAGGAUGGGAGGUUAGGUACAGGAUUAUACUUGUUGAAGCUCAGGGUCUGGCUUACUUACAUCAUGACUGUGUUCCUCCCAUUGUUCAUAGAGACAUCAAGGCUAAUAAUAUUCUGAUUGGUCCUGAUUUGGAGCCUUAUAUUGGAGAUUUUGUUCUUGCUAAGCUUGUUGACGAUGGAGACUUUGCUCGUUCUUCCAAAAACAUUGCUGGUUCCUAUGGUUAUAUAACUCCAGUGCCUGAAGACAGGCCCACAAUGAGAGAUGUGGCUGCUAUGCUUAGUGAGAUACGUCAAGAAAGAGAGGAGUCAACGAAAGGUGUUGAGAAUAAUGGUUGCUCGGGAAGCUGUAACAACAAUGGAGGAGAACGAAUAUAUGAUUCUUCACCUUCCUCUGCUGUGCAGCAAACGGCUAAGUAUUUGAGAAACAGUAGUAAGAGUUUCUCUGCGUCUGUCUUUGAUGUACUCUUCUUUCUACUACUACUUGUAAUGCUAGAGCAAAUGUGA